GUCACAGACACUUUACACUGAAGCUUGUGCCGGUGCAGAGAGAAAGAGAUAUAUUUCAUGUCUCUGGACAUGAAGCGUCCGUUCCAUCAAGCAGUGAUGCAGGAUGUAGCUAAUGAGUGAAAGUCCGUACAGAAGACGUUCCUGCAGCGGCGCUGGAUGAGAAUCAGGAUCAUACUCAUAUAAUACUGUCAGAUAUUCUACAGCAGCCAUCAUGUGAGGUGUGACUUCAGUGAUUCACACAAACACUCCUUAGAUCAGCUCACACACACACACACACACACACACACACACACACAAGGCCUGGAUGUUAGAGAGGAGGUGAAGGAAAAGCAAGAUGAGGAGAGGCCGGAGAAAAGGAGGCAGUCGGGACAAAGUGUUUGGAUGUGACCUGCUGGAGCACCUCAACUCCACCGGACAGGACAUUCCUCAAGUGUUGCGCAGCUGUAGUGAGUUCAUCGAGAAACAUGGGAUCGUCGACGGGAUCUACAGACUCUCUGGAGUGUCGUCCAACACACAGAAACUACGGAGUGAGUUCGACAGUGAAGGAUCUCCUGACCUCAAUAAGGACCUGUAUCUGCAGGACAUUCACUGCGUCAGCUCUCUGUGUAAGGCGUAUUUCAGAGAGCUGCCCAACCCUCUGCUCACAUACGAGCUGUACGACCGCUUCGCCGACGCAGUGGCGAUUCAGCUGGAGGACGAGCGUCUGGUGAAGAUUAAAGAGGUCCUGAAGGAUUUACCAGCUCUUCAUCACAGGACUCUGGAGUAUUUGAUGCGUCAUCUGGUCAAGAUGUCCACAUUUGCCUCUCAGACCAACAUGCACGCCAGAAACUUGGCCAUCGUCUGGGCCCCAAAUCUCCUCAGAUCGAAGGACAUCGAGUCGACGGGUUUUAACGGCACCGCUGCGUUCAUGGAGGUUCGGGUUCAGUCCAUCGUGGUGGAGUUUAUUCUCACUCACGUGGCUGAGCUUUUCCCUGGAAGCGGAUUGACUGUGGAGCGCCGGAAGUCCCUGCCGUCUCCCUCCAUACUGUCCAGUCAUGACGAGCCUUUCUUCAAGUCUUUACCGUUACAAUGUACAGGAAACCUCAGUCCAGGAGACGGACCUCUGCCCAUGCGACCCUACCACGCUAUUAUUGACGGCACUGACAAGAGGAAGGGCUCCCUCAAAGGAAGGAAGUGGAGAUCCAUCUUUAAUUUGGGCGGGAGACUCCAAGAUCCGCGCAAGAAGAAUAAAUACUGUCCUAAAGAUAAAGAGAAGACAGGUUUGAGACCGGCGAAGAGCAUGGACUCUCUGAGCUCAGGUGCUUAUUCAGUAGAUGAUUCCAAACCUCUUUCUCCUCUGGUUGUGUCCACGGCGUCGGGCAGCUCAGAGGGCAUGGCUUCUGCCGGUGGGCACAUCCACAGUAUACACUCUCCAACAACACGAAAACGCGCAGAUCACAUCACAACAUUGAGAGCAGAAACCAAGGGCACACAUAAAACCCUUCAGUCUGGGGGCGGAGCUGAGGGGGUGUCACAGGGCGUGACUAGAUCACCCGGAAUGACCAGCAAAGCAGACCGGCGCGCCGGGAUACACAUAUCAGGGCCAUUUUCAGUGACCGUUCCACUUCAUAUAACGUCUGGACUGGCUCUGGGUGUCCUGCACGGCGGCUGGAAUGAUAAGGAACAACCCCUACAAGGAGACGAAGCAGAAAAUGAGGACGUUAAGAGCAUCAAGACGGAGUCCACAGAUGGGAAUCCACAGAGCAAAAGUGAUAAUGUUCAAGAAAGGGAAAGAGAAACCAAUAGUUAUGUGGAAAGUCAGGAGGAUUGUGGGAAUGAUAUGGCAGAGAUUACAAGAAAGGAGAUCAAUGUGCCAGAAAAAGGAGACUCACCGUGUGGCAAAGAAACAGAAAAAGAAAAUCUGAGCCAGAAUCAAGAGUCUAUGAAGGAAAAUGUAAAAGACACACAACCACAAAAUCAAGAGGAAACCACAGAAGAGGAUUACAUGGAAAUGAGAGGAAACCUCCAUCAGGAACCCAUCAGUCCGCACUACUACGAGGACAUGGAGUUUCCAGAACCGGAUCUGCCACUUGAUUUCCAGGAAGCUUUCGGGUUCUUGGAUUCGAUGGAAAGCUGUGCUGCAAACCCGGUUGAAUUCUCAGUCGAGGCGCCUUUUGAGAACGAAUAUGAGGAAGAAGAGGAUAAAAACAAGGACAAUCAGGCCGUUUCCUGUCCAUCGCAAAACUGCACUAAUGAUUGUCAAACAACUUCAGCCAAAAGCAUCAGCCCAUCCUUCACACACAGGCCUCUUUCUGGAAAAUCACACAGCCUGCCGUUUAAGUCCCGCCCCUUCAUGCCGGCCCUGUCAUUAUCCUCAGAUGACGAAUAUAGCCCUGCUGAUGAUGAUGAUGAGUCUGAUAAAGAUUCUGAAUAUGAGGACAUGUUUUGUCAGAGUCUCCCAGCCUGUCGGGAUUAUCAGGGACUGUCUUGGUUGAGUCCACAAACCACUGCUGGCUUGUCUACUAGCAUCAAUGUAGAUCUUCACACUAGUAACCAAUCAAACGCACUUCUUCCAGAGAACAAUAAUGAUGCACAAUCCAUCGACCAAUCAGAAGACGCAAUUCCUGCAGCUUCUGCAUUGACAGAUAGUAGUGAACACGCUUUUGAGCCACUACUUAGUGAAGAACAUCUCAGUUCAGAUGCAUUGAAGACAGAUGAAGUGUAUAUGGAUGAAAAGAAGAAUGAAGAGAGACAUUCAAAGGAUGUGGAGAAUGAUAAACACACACUGAUUGGAGAAGAUAAUCCAGAGAGUGAAGCCAGUGAAGAAGACACUUAUUUUGGACCGGACUCGAGUCCUUCUUCACCAGAACCCGACCAAACCGAGACCGACAGCACCAGCAUUCCUGAACCCAUCCCAGAACUGUCUCCAGCCGAAGAUGCUCAGCAGGUGCUGGAUGCUGACGGUUACCAUGGUAACAGUGAGGUUACAAUCAGCGCUGAGAUCACGGAUGCAGACCAACCACCAGAGGAACACACACAGAUUAUCAACGAAACAAAGACUGAACAGGUUCAAACAGUAGAGGAUGAGAAGAGUGAAGAAACUAUGAAAGUUGUCAGGAAUAUGGAGGAAAAUGAAGGAGAAGAGUGUAACAAAACAGAUACAGGUGAAGGAAAGUGUGACGAUGUUGAGGAAGAUGCAAAAGCUGGAUCUGUAGAGGAAUGUAGUGAUGGGAAUGAAGAACAAAAACAAGUGAACACGACCGAAAGAAAAGAAGAUUUCGGUGAAAAUAAAAGAAGAAGAGAUGAAGAACAUGCAAAAGAAGAAGAACAAGACAAAAACGAAGCUGAAAGACAAGAAUAUUUAGCAGAAAAUAAUAGAGAAUGUGAGGAACAUGCAAAUGAUGGACCUAAAGAAGGAAACAAAGCUGAAAGACAAGAAGAUUUAGAGGAAAAUAGUGAAGAUUGUAAAGAAAAUCCAGAAGAUGGACCUAAAGAAGAUGCCAAAAGACUAGAUCCAGAGAAAAACAGUGGAGAAUGUGAAGAAGGAGAUGAAGAACACGCAAAAGAAGAAGAACAAGAAGCUAAAAGACAAGAAGAUUUAGAGGGAAAUAGUGGAGAAUCUGAGAGGGUAGAUGAGGAACAUACAAAAGAAGGAGAACAAGACAAAAACGAAGCUGAAAGAAAAGAAGAUUUAGAGGAAAAUAGUGGAGAUUGUGAAGAAAAUGCAAAAGAUGGAUCAAAAGAAGAAGCCAAACAAGAUUUAGAGAAAAACGGUGGAGAAUUUGAAGAUAUACACGAAGAACAUGCAAAAGAAGGAGAACAAGAUUUAAAAGAAAAUAGUGAAGAAUCUGAGAAUGUAGAUGAGGAACAUACAAAAGAAGGAGAGCAAGAAGCUAAAAGACAAGAAGAUUUAGAGGGAAAUACUGGAGAAUCUGAGAGGGUAGAUGAGGAACAUACAAAAGAAGGAGAACAAGACAAAAACGAAGCUGAAAGAAAAGAAGAUUUAGAGGAAAAUAGAGAAAAUUGUGAAGAAAAUGCAAAAGAUGGAUCAAAAGAAGAAGCCAAACAAGAUUUAGAGAAAAACGGUGGAGAAUUUGAAGAUAUACACGAAGAACAUGCAAAAGAAGGAGAACAAGAUUUAAAAGAAUAUAGUGAAGAAUCUGAGAAUGUAGAUGAGGAACAUACAAAAGAAGGAGAACAAGACAAAAACGAAGCUGAAAGAAAAGAAGAUUUAGAGAAAAACAGUGGAGAAUGUGAAGAAAUAGACGACAAAAACAAAGCUGAAAGACAUGAAGAUUUAGAGGAAAGCAGUGAAGGAAACUCUGAGGAGGACGAGAACAUAAAAACAGAAAGUUCUGUUGAGGGAGAUCUUUCUCCUGAAGGUGGAGAUGAUCUGGAGAAGUCCACAUCUGUGCAGCGACCAGACGAGAUUCAACACGAACAAACAGAAAGCAAAGAGUCGGAAGAGGAGACAUCCGAUCAGAUCUCCAAAGCGCCUCGCAAACGCUCUCCACGCAAAGCUGCGAAUGCGAAAGCGGUUCCCGCCGUCCCUCCCAAACCUCAGACCUCCAAACUCACAGCGUUCACGUUCAGAAAACAGCUCCAGCACAGACAACACGAUGAUAAAGGAGCGCAAACCCAUCAGGAACUCGCAGCGGAAACUGAAACGACGCACAGAGACGAGGACGAAAGCGCAGAGACCGGGACGAAGCUGGACUCCGAGGGUCCCGGAGAGAGACGAGGGACGUGGGACGGUGGAGCGGAUCACAGGAGAGACAGGAACAGCGGCAUCAGCAUGUGCUUCGAUGAAGCUGUGGCUCGAGCCACGGAGAAGAGGAGCCGAGAGAGAGAGAGCACAGAGAGACUGUCCGGAGCGCAGUGGGACAGAGAGAGCUGGAAAGACGGGAAAACUGACUGACGUGAGAGCAAACGUGCAAAGUAAAGGGUUCACAUUUUUCUUUCAAUAACUCAUUUUCACAUGAUAUAUAGGCCUACACUACCGGUCAAAAGUUUGGGAUCAGAACGAUUUUUUAUGUUUUUUACAGGAGUGUCUUCUGCUCAGCAAUUCUGCAUUUA